AUGGCCUGCUUUAUUUCAGACAGCCGUAUGUCAUUCCUGGCCCUCACCACUUCCACCACUGCCCACUCCUGCUGGUCGGUCAGCACACAGCCACUGGGUCUUCUGUCAAUUCUGAGGGUAGAACAGAGUAUACUGUCAAUAGAUCAUACUGUAAGAAUACUGUAACAUGUUUUGUGAAUUUACAUGCAUUACAAUAUGUAAUUUACUAUAAAUGUAAUGGUAAAGCAUAAUGCAUAUCCUGCAGACUUACCGGUUUUCUUGGCAAAAUGUUCUCACGAUUGAAUUGACAGUUGAUCUUUCCAGAUCGAGGUGAACUAAUCUGUCAGCCUCUGUCAUGGUAAGGCCUCUGUUUACCACAUGGUCAACGACAAUGGCCCAGACUUCAUUAGACACAACAGAUCCCUGACGUCUGCCUCCCUCUCUCUCAUGCCCACCUCUUUGACCUCUUUGACGGGGCCCAUGCCCACCUCUUUGACCUCUUUGAUGGGGCCCAUGCCCACCUCUUUGACCUCUUUGAUGGGGCCCAUGCCCACCUCUCUGACCUCUUUGAUGGGUCCCAUGCCCUCCUCUCUGAUGGGGCCAUGCCCACCUCUCUGACCUCUCUGACGGGCCCCAUGCCCUCCUCUCUGACGGGGCCCAUGCCCUCCUCUCUGACGGGCCCCAUGCCCUCCUCUCUGACGGGCCCCAUGCCCUCCUCUCUGACGGGCCCCAUGCCCUCCUCUCUGACGGGCCCCAUGCCCUCCUCUCUGACGGGCCCCAUGCCCUCCUCUCUGACGGGCCCCAUGCCCUCCUCUCUGACGGGCCCCAUGCCCUCCUCUCUGACGGGUCCCAUGCCCUCCUCUCUGACGGGCCCCAUGCCCUCCUCUCUGACGGGCCCCAUGCCCUCCUCUCUGACGGGUCCCAUGCCCUCCUCUCUGACGGGCCCCAUGCCCUCCUCUCUGACGGGCCCCAUGCCCUCCUCUCUGACGGGCCCCUUGUCCACCAGCUCUUUGAUUUCUUCCUCUCCCUUGUUGUCUAUCCUGCUCCAUGGUGAAAGAAAUUGCAAGUGUUCACACACCCCCUUUUAUAUGGUGACCAAUUGUGAUUACCACUAUGUGAAAUCAAUUAGCAGUAACAAGUAGUCAUUAUGUAUGGUUAUCAUGUGUCAUACAUGUAAUUUAGAUGUUUAUACUUGACAAACACACAUGUAAUCCAUAUAUAGUAGACAAACCAAUAUAAAGUCAAUAGGUUUACCAAACGGUUAAGUGAUUAACCAUUAAGCGCAGUUGGAUUAAGAGAUGGUCAAAUGUAUUUAAACAAAUGAGAAGAGAAUCAUAUGAAAAGUAUUGUGAGCAUUGCAUUGUGAAAGGCAAUUACUUUAUAUGAAAGGUAUUUCUAAAAGUUACUGUGUGAUUUUGUGUGUUGUACUUAGUCAAUUGAAAAUGUGCUUAAAGUAAAAAAAAAAAAAAAAAGCCUUUUUGAUGAACUGUUUUGAGUUUUGGACCAAGAGUUGUGACAUUUUACCACAUACUUGUAAAAAUAGUACCAAAGCGAUACAAAACAAAACCGGUCUCUUGUUGCAAACAAUAAUGUGCUAGUAUCUUCCAGGAAACGACAAACCAGCACACUGCUCCUCAAUUUGUGUUUUCACGCUUACGCGUCAGCCUCUUGUUCUUGGUCAGAGCUUUAGAUGUUUAAACCUUACGUGUCAGCCUCUUGGUCUUAGUCAAAGCUUCUGAUUUGUAAACCUUACGUGCUGAACACAUCAUGGAAGCAGCAUGUUGUGCUGCUGCUGUGAGAGUCUGUGUGUAGGUGUUAGGAAGUGGGUUGACCAGCCGUUUGUCCUUUGUGUUAUUCCACAGCCUGUCCUUUGUGUUAUUCCACAGCCUGUCCUUUGUGUUAUUCCACAGCCUGUCCUUUGUGUUAUUCCACAGCCCAUGAAAUGUGCUCUGGCACGACCUGCCUGGCAUCCAUGGGACCGCGCCCUGCCUGUCUGUCUGUGUGUCUGUCUGUGUGGGUGUUGUGUUGUGUUGUGUGUGUGUGUGUGUGUGUGUGUGUGUGUGUGUGUGUGUGUGUGUGUGUGCUUGUGUUUGAGUGUGUGUGUGGUGUGUGUGUGUGUGUGUGUGUGUGUGUGUGUGUGUGUGUGUGCUUGUGUUUGAGUGUGUGUGUGGUGUGUGUGUGUGUGUGUGUGUGUGUGUGUGUGUGUGUGUGUGUGUGUGUGUGUGUGUGUGUGUGUGUGUGUGUGUGUGUGUGUGUGUGUGUGUGUGUGUGUGUGUGUGUGCAAAGCGUGUAUGCACCACCUUGCUUUACUGUGGGAUGUGAGCAGGUUAUGAUGCUGUAAACCUUCACAGGUUCCCCCAAACUAGGCUGUGUACCAUUCUGUCAUAACACUGCCUUGAACCAGUCUGUCUGCCAAAUGGCAGUGCACAGAAUCAAAUAACUGCAUUAUCCCAGGGACCUAGGGAGUGUGUGUGUGUGUGAGUGUGUGAGUUUGUGAGUGUGUGUCUGUGUGUGUGUGUGUGUGUGUGUUUGUCUGAGGGUGCACCCAUAUGGGGUGUGUUUAUGUAUUGGGAGCAUUAAGUAUUUACAGCCUCGUCCAGUCAAGGCAUAAAACACAUUAUUUUUAUGGGGUUACACACAUAAAGAGCGCUUGUGUGAAAUGUCUCCCCCCAUAAAACUCAGUCAAAGACAGGAGGGGAGUGGCGUGGCGUGUAUACAAGGCAUCACAGUCAGGGAAAGUGGUUGGAGGAACCUCCAGAGCACCUCCAGAGCGCCUGCACAACCUCUGUUCUCUCACCACCAAACUGCCUCCAUCCCUGGGGAAGAGGAGGAGGCGCGCUCCCCUUCACCUGAUCUCUCCUGGCUCUGACCUCAUUCUCAUCUUCCGCAGUAAAUCUAACACUGGGCUUUAUUGAUUCAACAUGUUCUGCUCUGUGGAAGCUGAUACCACGUCAUGGCACAGUGUUGGAGUCAUCCGUCAGUGUUGGAGUCAUCCGUCAGUGUUGGAGUCAUCCGUCAGUGUCAGUAUUGGAGUCAUCCGUCAGUGUUGGAGUCAUCCGUCAGUGUCAGUAUUGGAGUCAUCCGUCAGUGUUGGAGUCAUCCGCCAGUGUUGGAGUCAUCCGUCAGUGUUGGAGUCAUCCGCCAGUGUUGGAGUCAUCCGUCAGUGUUGGAGUCAUGCGUCAGUGUUGGAGUCAUCCGUCAGAGUUGGAGUCAUCCGCCAGUGUUGGAGUCAUCCGUCGGUGUUGGAGUCAUCCGUCAGUGUCUGCAUCCACAGUAACAGAGCACACAGAACAUACAAUACACCCAACACACUGUAAAAGCCCAGCCAUAUUGAACUAAGACAUUAUUUCAAAGCCAAUGGACACACAGACAAGCUCACUGAAAGGAUGCCUGGAAGUUUGAUUGAACCUUGUCUACAAACACAAGCGACAAUCUGAUCAGAUUGUUGCUUGUGCUUUCAAUCUUAUUUAUUCAUUGCUAUGCUUCAGUCAGUACACAGCGGUAGUCCCCCCCCCCUCUCUCUCUCUGACCCUAACACAUUCCCAUAGGCUGACCUGUGAAGGGGCUUGUGCAAGCUGUGGGGUGUGAUUGAGAUGGCUGAUCCAUCCACAGGUCAGCAGGCACUGUGGGAGGGAAGAUGGAUGCCGAGGUGUCAGGUGAAGUUGCCCCUAGACACUGAUCUUGGGUCUGUUUUGCAUUUCCCCCACUAAUGGUUAAGGUUUGGAUUGUGGGAGGGGAAACUGAUCCUAGCUCUGUACCUAGGGGAAACUUCACCCCGGCCCGAAGGGAGAUUAAUGCCGAGGUGUCAGGGCACUUUGGUUAUGCUCUGGGAUGCUGAGCUGUCCCCAGGCAGGACAGGAGAGACGUGGGAGUGUAGGAUUAAUAGGCUAUCAUAUCUCCUCUAAUUGAUGUCCCCUGUAAUACAGCCCAGAUGGAGGGAUACUCUAAUGGCUUAAGACAGGGGGCCGCAGGUAAACAGCCACCGGCUGCUAAAUUUACUGAGACCUGUUCUUGCGUCCGUUUUUGCUUUAUGUCAAGCUUGAUGGUCAUUAGCUCAUUAGCUUAAGCGAGUGCAACUCUUUUUCCAUUAUAUUUUGUUCACAUUUCAAAGUCAAAAGUUGACUGUUCAAAGUUGUUUAUAAUCAUUACAGGAGAGGGUCUUUCAGCUUGAAACUACAAUUAUUUACCGUUUAUUUCUCCUCCCGUUGAGCUCAGAAGACCUCUUUACAAGGGAAACUUGGCCAAGGGAAGAGGCUGUAAGCAGGGUCAGAGAGGGUCAGGGAAACCUUUCUGGAAAGGUUUAUGGUGACUCUGAGAUGUUCUAGAAUGUUUAAUCUAGCUGCUGACAUUCAAAUGUCUCUGAGGGCCAGCUUUAGCCAGUCUCUUCAGGGCACCAGAUUCAAGAGUAUCAAAUAGAUGGGUUGUUUUAAUUGACUUUCAACAGCUGGCAUCUAAUGUGGCGUGUGUUCUUUCUGUCUGUAAUUCAAGUUUCACAGACAGGGAUCACUUUUGGAUGCUGCCAAGUUCGAUGACAACAACCUCUCAGCAACUGCCUCUUGCGCUCCAUUCAAAUCUCAAGUCAAAAUGUUUCCCUCAUAAUUGCAGGGGGUUUAUUUCAACUCCCAGAAAAAUUCAAAGAUGACCUUAGCAGAACAGAAUGCUCUUAGGAAUAUCAAGAGUGCUACUGUGGCAGGUCUAAUGUCUGCAGCAAUGGGGCCUGCAUGCAGUUGAGGCUUUACAAAUUGAAAACAGACACUUUUUAGUAAAGCUACAGUGCCUUGCAAAAGUAUUCAUCCCCCUUGGCGUUUUUCCUAUUUUGUUGCAUUACAACCUGUAAUUUAAAUGGAUUUUCAUAUAAUGGAUAUACACAAGAUAGUCCAAAUCGGUGAAGUGAAAUGAAAAAAAUAACGGAAAAGUGGUGCGUGCAUAUGUAUUCACCCCCUUUGCUAUGAAGCCCCUAAAUAAGAUUCUGCAACCAAUUACCUUCAGAAGUCACAUAAGUAGUUCAAUAAAGUCCACCUGUGUGCAAUCUAAAUGUCACAUGAUCUGUCACAUGAUCUCAGUAUAUAUACACCUGUCCUGAAAGGCCCCAGAUUCUGCAACACCACUAAGCAAGGGGCACCACCAAGCAAGCGGCACCAUGAAGACCAAGGACAAAGUUGUGGAGAAGUACAGAUCAGGGUUGGGUUAUAAAAAAAUAUCAGAAACUUUGAACAUCCCACGGAGCACCAUUAAAUCCAUUAUUAAAAAAUUGAAAGAAUAUGGCACCACAACAAACCUGCCAAGUGUGGGCCGCCCACCAAAACUCACGGACCAGGCAAGGAGGGCAUUAAUCAGAGAGGCAACAAAGAGACCAAAGAUAACCCUGAAGGAGCUGCAAAGCUCCACAUCGGAGAUUGGAGUAUCUGUCCAUAGGACCACUUUAAGCCGUAAACUCCACAGAGCUGGGCUUUACGGAAGAGUGGCCAGAAAAAAGCCAUUGCUUAAAGAAAAAAAAAAAAGAAAACACAUUUGGUGUUCGCCAAAAGGCAUGUGGGAGACUCCCCAAACAUAUGGAAGAAGGUACUCUGGUAAGAUGAGAUUAAAAUUGAGCUUUUUGGCCAUCAAGGAAAACGCUAUGUUUGGCACAAACCCAACACCUCUCAUCACCCCGAGAACACCAUCCCCACAGUGAAGCAUGGUGGUGGCAGCAUCAUGCUGUGGGGAUGUUUUUGAUCAGCAGGGACUGGGAAACUGGUCAGAAUUGAAGGAAUGAUGGAUGGCGCUAAAUACAGGGAAAUUCUUGAGGGAAACCUGUUUCAGUCUUCCAGACAUUUGAGACUGGGACGGAGGUUCACCUUCCAGCAGUAUAAUGACCCUAAGCAUACUGCUAAAGCAACACUCGAGUGGUUUAAGGGGAAACAUUUAAAUGUCAAGAAAUGGCCUAGUCAAAGCCCAGACCUCAAUCCAAUUGAGAAUCUGUGGUAUGACUUAAAGAUUGCUGUACACCAGCGGAACCCAUCCAACUUGAAGGAGCUGGAGCAGUUUUGCAAUGAAGAAUGGGCAGAAAUCCCAGUGGCUAGAUGUGCCAAGCUUAUAGAGACAUACCCCAAGAGAUUUGCAGCUGUAAUUGCUGCAAAAGGUGGCUCUACAAAGUAUUGACUUUGGGGGGGUGAAUAGUUAUGCACGCUCAAGUUUUCUGCUUUUUUGUCUUAUUUCUUGUUUGUUUCACAAUACAAAAAUGUUGCAUCUUCAAAGUGGUAGGCAUGUUGUGUUAGUCAAAUGAUACAAACCCCCCAAAAACCGUUUUAAUUCCAGGUUGUAAGGCAACAAAAUAGGAAAAAUGCCAAGGUGGGUGAAUACUUUCGCAAGUCACUGUAUAAAGUGGCCCUUCACAUCCAAACGACCUCAGAAUUCUGUGGAAAAUGACACACUGAAGCAAGAAGUGAUAAGGCAUACAAGCGCAUUCCCAAAGUCAUAUAAGGAGAAGGAAGUACUAUAAUUAAUACUUUCGCAAGCCAAUGUAUGUGUGACUGUUUUCGUGUUCUGUGUAUCAUUUUCAAUGUGGACACAGUUACAUCGACACAUGAUUUGGUCCCAGUGUGUUCAUGGCUGAUAAUGCUGGCGUAUUUGUAACCGAGUGCAUUCUGUUCUGACCCGAGUGGGGAUCGAAUUCCCAACCUUCUGCACAAGAACACACACAACUCAACGCCAGCCGUCUUAGCUGACAGAGCGAGAUUCUAAUCUUGGCUUUAGAUCUCAGGGAAGUUGUGAUUUCACCGAUAUACCCCAGCCAACAUACAUUUACAUCCACUACAUAAUUCUCUUCUUGUCUUCGCAGAGCCUCCACCAUCCCAAAACCCCCCGUGGCCCCGAAGGUACGUAUGUUUAUUACUGAUGUGAUUCUCUCCCCCUUUAAGCCAGGUACAGACCUAACAAAAUAUCUGAUUCAGCAUUGGUAAAUCCAUCUCCAUGUCCUGUAUUACUGCCAGUUACUGUAAAAAAGUGAACAUAGUUAAUUUGAUUGAUAUUGAAUGUCUUUGCAUAAAUUGGGCCCCUCUGAAAUGAUGUCACACAACAUCUGUGUUGCAUGCUGGGAACAUGACCACCAUUUGUGAAGUCAUUCUAUGUUGUUCCAUUUUCUUACGAUAGUUGCCUAGUUGUUCCAUUGUUUUUAUGGUUUCAGUUCAAAUCAAAUAUAAACUGAUGCUUCUCUGUUCUCAGAGGGAUAAUUUAGCCUUUUAACGAUUUCUAAGCGAAAGGGAGGAGCUAUACGGUAAUCUUUAACUUGGUUAAGAUAAGUCCCACUACAAAGUGCCUUUUUGGCGGUUUCUAAGAGAGCUGUGGAAACAUCAGUGUUGCAUGUGUUGUGUUGAUGUGUUGAUGCGUUGAUGCAUACUGCAUGCUUUUCCUCCCUGAUUGUAGAAAUGGCGCCGGAGGGGAUGGCUGCCGUUUUAUGGACUCUUAACCAACCGUGCUAUUUUGUUUGUUUUUUCGCAUUGUUUGUAACUUAUUUUGUACAUAUUGUUGCUGCUACCAUCUCUUAUGACCGAAAAGAGCUUCUGGACAUCAGAACAGCGAUUACUCACCUUGAACUGGACGAAUAAUUGUUCUUUAAUGAGUCUGACGAGAGGGAUUUGCUCCAGACACCCGACAGGGCCCUCAUCCCCGUCAUUCGCAGUAGAAAGAAAAUAAGAUAUCGUGGAAGGAGAUCGGGGUGCCUGGUAAGGAGCCGGUGACGAUUGGCUAAUCUGCCUUUGCCAUCGAUACUAUUGGCCAACGUACAAUCGCUUGAUAAUAAAGUGGACGAAUUAGAAGCAUGUAUAUCCUACCAACAGGACAUAACAAACUGUAAUAUCUUAUGUUUCACCGAGUCGUGGCUGAAUGACGACAUGAAUAACAUACAGCUGGCGGGUUAUACACUGUACCGGCAGGAUAGAACAGCAGCCUCUGGUAAGACAAGGGGUGGCGGUCUAUGUAUAUUUGUAAACAACAGCUGGUGCACAAUAUCUAAGGAAGUCUUGAGGUUUUGCUCGCCUGAGGUAGAGUAUCUCAUGAUAAGCUGUAGACCACACUAUCUACCAAGAGAGUUUUCAUCUAUAUUCUUCGUAGCUGUCUAUUUACCACCACAAACCGAUGCUGGCACUAAGACUGCACUCAAUGAACUGUAUACGGCCAUAAGCAAACAGGAAAAUGCUCAUCCAGAGGCGGCGCUCCUAGUGGCCGGGGACAUUAAUGCAGGGAAACUUAAAUCUGUUUUACCUCAUUUCUACCAACAUGUUAAAUGUGCAACCAGAGGGAAAACAACUCUAGACCACCUUUACUCCACACACAGAGACACGUACAAAGCUCUCCCUCGACCUCCAUUUGAUAAAUCGGACAAUAAUUAUAUCCUCCUGAUUCCUGCUUAUAAGCAAAAACUAAAGCAGGAAGCACCAGUGACCCUAUUAACAAAAAAGUGGUCAGAUGAAGCAGAUGCUACGCUACAGGACUGUUUUUCUAGCACAGACUGGAAUAUGUUCCGGGAUUCUUCCGAUGGCAUUGAGGAGUACACCACAUCAGUUACUGGCUUCAUCAAUAAGUGCAUCGAUGACAUCGUCCCCACAGUGACUAUACGUACAUACCCCAACCAGAAGCCAUGGAUUACAGGCAACAUCCACACUGAGCUAAAGGGUAGAGCUGCUGCUUUCAAGGAGCGGGACUCUAACCCGGAAGCUUAUAAGAAAUCCCGCUAUGCCCUUCGACGAACCAUCAGACAGGCAAAGCGUCAAUACAGGACUAAGAUCGAAUCAUACUACACCGGCUCGUCGGAUGUGGCAGGGCUGGCAAACUAUUACAGACUACAAAGGGAAGCACAGCCGCGAGCUGCCCAGUGACACGAGCCUACCAGACGAGCUAAAUGACUUCUAUGCUUGCUUUGAGGCAAGUAACACUGAAACAUGCAUGAGAGCAUCAGCUGUUCCGGACGACUGUGUGAUCACGCUCUCCGUAGCCGAUGUGAGUAAGACCUUUAAACAGGUCAACAUUCACAAGGCCGCAGGGCCAGACGGAUUACCAGGACGUGUACUCCGAGCAUGCGCUGACCAACUGGCAAGUGUCUUCACUGACAUUUUCAACCUCUCCCUGUCUGUAAUACCAACAUGCUUCAAGCAGACCACCAUAGUCCCAGUGCCCAAGAACACUAAGGUAACCUGCCUAAAUGACUACCGACCUGUAGCACUCACAUCUGUAGCCAUGAUGUGCUUUGAAAGGCUGACUCACAUCAACACCAUUAUCCCAGAAACCCUAGACCCACUCCAAUUUGCAUACCGCCACAACAGAUCCACAGAUGAUGCAAUCUCUAUUGCGCUCCACACUGCCCUUUCACACCUGAUCAAAAGGAACACCUAUGUGAGAAUGCUAUUCAUUGACUACAGCUCAGCGUUCAACACCAUAGUGCCCUCAAAGUUCAUCACUAUAAGGACCCUGGGACUAAACACCUCCCUCUGCAACUGGAUCCUGGACUUCCUGACGGGCUGCCCCCAGGUGGUAAGGGUUGGUAACAACACAUCCGCCACGCUGAUCCUCAACACUGGGGCCCCUCAGGGGUGCGUGCUCAGUCCCUUCCUGUACUCCCUGUUCACUCAUGACUGCAUGGCCAGGCACGACUCCAACACCAUAAUUCAGUUUGCAGAUGACACAACAGUGGUAGGCCUGAUCACCGACAACGACGAGACAGCCUAUAGGAAGGAUGUUAGAGACCUGGCCGUGUGGUGCCAGGACAACAACCUCUCCCUCAACGUGACCAAGACAAAGGAAAUGAUUGUGGACUACAGGAAAAAGAAGACGACCGAGCACACCCCCAUUCUCAUCGACGGGGCUGUAGUGGAGCAGGUUGAGAGCUUCAAGUUCCUUGGUGUCCACAUCACCAACAAAACCUAUUCUCCCUAAGGAGACUGAAAAUAUUUGGCAUGGGUCCUCAGAUCCUCAAAAAGUUCUACAGCUGCAUCGAGAGCAUCCUGACUGGUUGCAUCACUGCCUGGUAUGGCAAUUGCUCGGCCUC